AAGCAUCUUUUUCUCUAUAUAAAACCCCUCACCACCACAACCCCAAUCAAUCCACCCAAACCAAUUAAUCUAAAUUUUCUUUCAAUGGAGUUUGUAUCUCAACCCCAACCACAAGAACAUGGUGAUCAAAGAGGAAAUCUAAAAGAUUUAAUGAUCAUUGACAAUGAAAAUAGUGAUGAAAUUGUCCAAAUCCAAAUUAUACAUGAAGAAACAAACAUGAGUACUAGUAGUGAAACCACUAAUAAAUGCUACCUAUUUCUUCUAGGUAUGAACUAUAUGUUACUAUUUAUUGGCUCAAUUUCAUCAUCUUUACUAUCAAAAUUUUACUUUAAUCACAAAGGUAAUAGUCGUUGGGUUUCAACUUGGGUCCAAUCUGCUGGAUUUCCUCUUCUCCUCCUCCCAAUUUAUUCACCUUUUUAUGUGUUUAAAUCAACUCAUAGAAAACCAUAUACAAAUUUCACACCAAAAAUGUUGUUACUUUGUAUUGUAAUUGGUUUCUUCUUAGGUCUCAACAACCUUUUAUUUUCUUGGGGUAAUUCUUACCUCCCCGUUUCAACUAAUUCUCUUGUGUUAUCGCUGCAGCUAGUCUUCACUCUUAUCACUUCAGUCAUUAUUGUGAAACAAAAGAUUACAUUCGCGAAUCUCAAUUGUGUUUUUUUACUAACGCUCAGUUCAGUACUAUUGGCCUUGGGUUCGAGUCAUGACAAACCAAAGGAUUUGACGAAAACAAAGUAUUUCAUAGGAUUUUUCUCAACGAUUGGUGCUGGAUUAUUGUUCGCUAUUUAUCUUCCAUUAAUGGAAAAAAUAUAUAGACAAGUUUGUUGCUAUUCUAUGGUUGUGGAAAUGCAAAUGGUGAUGGAAUUAUCAGCUACCGUUUUGGCCACGUUAGGAAUGAUUAUAAACGGUGGAUUUUAUGAGAUGAAAAAAGAGGCCAAAAAUGUGUUCGAUUUGGGUGAAAAAACAUACUGGUUAACGGUGAUGGUUAACGUGUUGACGUGGCAGUUUUGUUUUAUGGGUACUGCUGGGAUGGUGUUCUUGUCAAGUUCAUUAACAGGAGGAGUUUGCAUGACGGCGUUAAUGACGGUUAAUGUUUUGGGAGGGGUUAUAGUGUUUAAGGAUAAUUUUGGUUUGAUUAAAGUAAUUUCAACUUUGUUAUGUAUUUGGGGAUUUUCUUCGUAUUUGUAUGGAAUGUAUAAGAAAAUGGAAGAGAAGAAAGAUGAUUCUUUAGAGAAAAUCAUUAUUCAUAAUGAAGAGAAGAAUAUGACAACGGACGAUGCAUGAUGUUUUUGUUAUUGUUUUUAUUACUAGUAUAAUAGUUAGUCAUAUUGCAUUUUUAUGUUUGUUUUCAGUCAGUGCUUUAGUAUUGUCGUGUUCUAAAAAUCCUCCAUUUGGAGACAAUCCCCUUUGUAACAAACUA